AUGUCAGACGAUUACAUUAUCCUUAGUGGACAUUACGAGACGAAAAUGGAGAAGGGCGAUGUGGUCAAAGGCGACUUCAAUCAAAUUUGGAAGAAAACCAAUGGAAAGUAUCUGAUUUUACAUGACUACAUUAUGUACUGUGGGGAAUCUGAACUUAAGACAGAAAAGCUUGGACUGAUCAAGGGAAAAUUCUCACAAAUCUGGCGCAAAACUGAUGGAAAGUUCUUGCUCCUGCGUGAAGCUUGGGAAUCAGAUGAUGUUCCCGUAUAA